CUCCGCGGCAGCCAAUGGGAGGAGGCCGUUUGGUGUGUGGGAGGAGCUCCGCUGCUCCUCUGAGCUGGAGCUUUAUUCUAACAGGUAGUUUAAAAAGCAAACAGGUCAGCAGCAGCCGGAGAGAGGACGCGUCUGGGUCUGGAUCAGGAUCAGGGUCUACGGCCAGCAUGCUGAGCAGGAAGGGGUCUAGUGCCGGGAUGAAGGGGUCUAGUCCGGGGAUGGUGGGGUCUAGUCCGGUCAUGGGCGCCGGGGCGGACCGCAGCCGGGUCGGGGAGCGGCUCCGGGCCGCCCUGGCCGGGCUGCAGGAGCUGCAUCUGCUGAAGGACCGGCAGGGCGACAUGGUGAGCUGGGCCCUGAGGAUGGACCGCGAGGAGCCGGUCUCUGCUGGCCUCCCGGACCCGACCGGGGCCGAGGAGCAGCGGCUGGAGGCGACCCUGACGACCCUGAAGCAACAGCUGUCUCGGCUCCGGAAGCAGGACGUGGGCCUGAAGUCUCACCUGCAGCAGCUGGACCAGCAGAUCAGCGAGCUGAAGCUGGACGUGAGCAAAGCCUCCGCGGAGCAGCCGGAGAGCGACAGCCGGCCGAGCUCCGGGUUCUACGAGCUCAGCGACGGCGGCUCCUGCUCGUUGUCCACCUCCUGGACCUCCGUGUACAGCGAGUGUCUGUCGUCCUCUCAGACGAGCCUCCUCCUCUCCCCCACCAGCCCGGCUCACGCCCACGUGGCGCCGCCGGCACAGGGAGACAUCUGCCGCCGGCGCUCCGCCGAUGAGAGCUCGGCCCAGACCAACCCGCCGCGGGCCGGCGGCCUCCAUCUGGGCAGCAGCAGGAUCCGAGCCGGCACCGAAAAGGCUCGGCCCAGACCCGUGUCCGCAGGGGAUCUGGACCGCAUGAUGGCUCAAGGGCCGAGUCACUACAAGCCUGUGGAUGCAAAGAAACCGUCGGCGUGCUCCACCCUGAGGACCACCGCGGUGGACCCCAAGUUCCACAGCAACCUGGUGUCCCGCUACCCGAGCCCCCUGCACGCCGUCGCCCUGCAGAGCCCCAUCUUCUCCCACGGGGGAGACCCGGCCACACCUGGACCUCUAGAGGGGCAAGGACCCCUCGCAGGGGGCGGGUCCGACUCCAAGAGCCUCGGUUACAUCGACAAGCUCCUCCUGCGCAGCUUGAGCAGAAUCCAGAGUGAGACCGGCCCGGAGACCCUGCAGAGGUACCACAGGAGGCCCAGCGAGGCCCCUCAGAGGGCCCCGUGGGCGCUGCAGCCGCUUGCAGACGUCCCUCCGCUGCAGAGCCAGAAGAGACGCAGCCCCGAGCCGGCCGAUAAGGCCGAGCAGCAUCCGUCAGCCAGAGCCCCGGAGGGCUCCCAGCGGUACUCCUACCCUGCGGCCACGAGGGAUUACAAUGUUGAUGAGGUCACCGCCUUAUCUCCGAGGAGGAAUGAUAGACCACCGGGAGAACACGCUCGGGUAGCGAGAGGCCAUCCAGAGGCCGCGCCCCAAGAGAGAAAGGCCUCCAGGCAGAGGGCUGGGCCGGCCCUCAGCUCCGGCACCGAGAGUCAGAGCGUCGAGGUCUACACGACCUCCCCGGAGUUCGUCCAUGCCCGGUUCGUCCCCGCUGGCUCUCAGAGGGUCAAGGUGAGGCAGGCAGACCGUAAAACCAAAGCCCUGAAACUGAGAAGGAAAAGCGGCGAGAAGCCUCGAGCGACGAGGCAGCACCACGGAUCCUCCUCGGGGGAAAGGACCCGAGAGGCCGGCGGGGGAACCAAGGGGGAACCGAGAAGACCGGGGAAAGGACAAACGAGCCACAAGCUGACCGGCGGUCACUCAGAGGAGCGCAGACAGGGCUCAGGAUCCGACUGCAGCCACUGCAGCCCGGGCCUCAUGUGCUCCCACCAGGUCCCCCCGAGGCCACAGCCCACCCCGGCCGGCGCCAAGUCCAGCAGGAGCCGCCGGCCGCAGUGCGCCGGGUACGAGCCGCCGCCGGCCGAGCCGAGGAAGAGGAGGCCGGGCGCUGCCCGAUGGCCGUCCGACGGGGAGAUGUUCCACGCCCCGUGUGCCCCUCGGCGUGUUCAGGCACCGGGGGUCAUGCAGCUGGUCCGCGAGCCCAAGUGGACCGGACCUCCUCGCUCCUUCCAGUCCGCCAACCCUUUCCUCCACAGCCUCAAUGCCAGGUACCCCGCAGCAGCCUUCAGCAGCGCCGGCCUCUACCCCCCUAAGUGCGAGUCCGAGUACUCUGCCGAAUGCGCCUCCCUGUUCCACUCCACCAUCGCGGAGAGCAGCGAGGGCGAGAUGAGCGACAACACCACCAACCGCUUCGGGGACAGCGAGUCCAGCCAGAGCGGCCGGUCCUCUGACUCUGAGGGCAGCCUGUCCCCGGACGAGGAGGACCAGGCGGACCGCCAGGAGGAGAGGGGUCUGGUGUGGGCCCAGGCUGCUCUGGGCCCCACCGCAGCUGGACAGCCCCCCCGCCCCGAGCCACCGGCCUGCCGCAUCAAAGCCUCCCGAGCCCUGAAGAAGAAGAUCCGUCGGUUCCAGCCGGCCUCCCUGAAGGUCAUGACCCUGGUGUAGUGGUUCGCCCUGGGCAGUGAGACCUGUUGGGAGGACUCUGAGAAAAGCUUUCAAAGGGCUUUGAAACCUGGUGACCUUUGACCUCCACACUCUGAAUCAUCACUGUCGCUUCAAUUAAACUGUUUGCUGAUUACUUUGUUAAAAUAAUUUACAAUUGAACAUGAAACUAGACGAAGCUGCACUGUAGAACACAAUUACACUUACUCUGUAGAUAUUGAUUGUGUAAUCCGGGUUGUCGUGUCUUACAUGUCUGACGUUACUUGUAUGUACCUGAGAAAUAAAACACUCUUUUUACUUAUUGCU